AUGUCUGAGGGUUUACAAGCUCCUGAAUCCAAGCCAGAAUGUUUGUGUACUGCCGAAAAGGUCGAGAAGUUUUUGAAAACAAUGGCUGAUGAAGCUGGAAUUGAAGACUUGACUGACCUUCAAUUGGCGAAAUUUAUGUCAGAUGCGGAUGGAUUGAAACAUGUUCGAGAGCAAUUCCACUAUCCAAAAUCCGGAACUCUUCCUGAUGUCGAUCCUUCCUUAAUUGACCCCGAAUCGGACAGCAUCUACCUUUGUGGAAAUUCUCUCGGAUUGAUGCCGAAGAUUACAAGUGAACUAAUGCAAAAAGAGUUCAACAAAUGGGCUGAAAUGGGAGUCUUUGGGCAUACUAACGGUGAAAUUCCAUGGGCUCAUGGUGACGAACAUUGCCUUGAAGGAGUUGCUCAACUGGUGGGCGCCAAGAAAGAAGAAGUUGCCGUCUGCAAUGGUUUGACGAUCAACAUUCAUGUUCUCUUGACUGCAUUCUAUAAUCCAACGGAAACUCGUCACAAAAUUCUUCUCGAAUCGAAGGCGUUUCCAUCCGAUCAUUAUGCUAUUGAAUCCCAAAUUCGUUUAAAAGGAAAAAGUGUUGAAGAAAGCAUGAUUUGCUUGGAACCAAGAGAAGGAGAAGAUUGUUUGCGGACUGAUGAUAUAUUGGAUUACAUUGAAAAGAAUGGUGAUGAAAUCGCAAUUGUCUUUUUCUCGGGAAUUCAAUAUUACACUGGUCAACUCUUUGAUAUUCGGGCGAUUACUGAAGCUGGACAUCGAAAAGGAUGCUUGGUGGGAUGGGACCUUGCUCACGCAUACUGCAACGUUCCACUUCAUCUUCAUUGGUGGGAUGUCGAUUUUGCUGCCUGGUGCACGUACAAGUACGGUUGCACCGGUGCUGGAGGAAUUGCUGGUCUUUUCAUCCACGAGCGUUUUGUUCAUGACAAAAGGGAUCGUAUGUUGGGAUGGUGGAGUCACAAGAUGGAAUCGCGAUUCCAAAUGAGCAAUGAAUUGGAUCUUGAUGAAGGUGCUGCUGGCUAUAGAAUUAGUAAUCCUCCCAUCCAUCUUGUGGUCCCUAUGCUAGGAAGCCUCGAAGUUUUCAAAUCUGUGUCGCUUGAUGAUCUUCGUAGCAAGUCAUGCUAUCUUACCGGCUAUCUUGAAUAUUUGAUCAAAACUUUCUUUGAUGAAAACUCUGAUAGAAGAAUUACAAAUGUGUCGAUCAAGAUAAUAACACCAGAAAAUUUCCAAGAGCGAGGAUGUCAACUGUCAUUGAAGUUUUCGAUUCCGAUUGAUAUCAUUUACAAAGAACUUGUUAAACGUGCCGUUGCGGUUGAUAAAAGAUAUCCAAACGUGAUUCGCGUCGCCCCAGUGCAUCUAUACAACAAUUACGAAGAUUGUCGUAGAUUUGUGGGCGUUUUGCAAGAAGUCUGCCAACUUGUUGAAAGUCAACAAGCUGAAUAG